UUUUCUAUUUUUCUAGUUUAUUUAUCGGGAAAACCAUACCCGUAAAAAAAUUCAGGAAUAUGGAAAUAGAAAAUUGUAUAUUUGAUAUAGGCAAUUUAUUGGUUUAUAAUCCUGCACCCAUUUUUUCAAACAUAAAAAAUUAUAACGAUAUAAUAAGGGAUAUAACUCAUGCCAAUGUCAAGCAAUUACUCAAUAGGAUUAACAAGCUGGAAAGUGAACGGAAAGAAGAUGUUAUUGUUGUUAAGUUGCCUCCAUGUGAAACUCGUCUUCCAAGAGAAAAAAGAAUUCCAAUAGCUAAACCAAAUACUAAAUGGGAGGCUUUUGCUAAAUCAAAAGGUAUCAAAGAUAAAAAGAAAGAAAGAAUGGUAUUUGAUGAAGUAACCAAAUCUUGGAAGCCAGCUUGGGGAUAUAAUAGAGCAAAUGAUGAAAAAACUAAAAAUUGGCUUAUUGAAUUACCAGAUAAUGCAAAUCCUUUUGAUGAUGCCUUCGCCUUGAAACAGCAAAAAAGAGUGGCUAGCGAUAAAAAAAUUGAAAGAGCUCAAAUGAAUAACGCGAAAAGAGCAAAAAUAGCGACCGGUUUGAAUCAACCCUUCAAUCAAAUAUCAAGCUCCUUUUCUUCCAAUAAAGAACAUUUGAACAAAUCUCUAAAAGAAGCUCACCAAGCCACCGCUUCUAUGGGUAAAUUUUCGGCGAAAAUUAACCCUUUCCCAUCAAAUACCAAGAAUAAGUUAGCCAAUAAUGCAAAAGACAACGUAAACAAAAUGCUGAAAUCGAUUAAGCCGAAGUCGGUAGCGAUAGAUACGAAACGCGAAAAAGAAUGCCAACUAGAUAUCUUGCAAAUGAUGGCUAGGAAAGAACCCAAACUCAAUAAUUUGGACAAGUUGGCCAAUUCUACUAUCCAAAAACUGGAUAUGAUCGACAAAGCUGCUAGGGCCGACAAGGAUAAAAGCAAAAGUCAGAUCAGGGCAAGCAACAAGGCUAAAAAGUAUAAGAUUGGCACCAAUUCCAAUGUGUUUGCCUUCAAGAAGAAAAGUGAUUACAAGAAAUUCCCUGUUAAAAAGGUCAAAGAUGGCAAGAAACGUAAAAAAACGGACUGAAAAAUUUUAAUACACUUAUAUAUUCUAUCUUGAUUUAAUAAGAGUUGUUAAUAAAUACUAUGUUUUGAUAACAAUAAAUAAAUUGUAUGCAUUGAAUGUAAAAAUUUCAAAAAAU